AUGAAUUCAAGCUCUUGUCUCAGGAUAUGUCCUUUAUCCUCACACGCCUGUUCACAUCUGCCCCGCAACAUCGAACGGCAAAGAAAUGCUAUAUCACAAAGUCAAGAUUUUGUUAUAUUUUCGCUGGAGAAAGCCCCUGAGCUCAAGGGAAAUGCCGAAGAACAGCAGAGAAUACUAAAUUUAGGGAUGAUGACCGAUCAUCUUAAGGCCGCUAUACCAACACUUCUCCAAAAGUCUCUACCCAAGGCUUUACUUCUGCAGCAUGUUCUACUUCGAAUAUGUCCCUCAUUUUUCGAGCAAAUCAAUUCGUACUUGCCCAAUAUAAAGGGACAUGCUUCUUAUUAUGCAACGUGCAAAGCAGCUCAAAUAUUUCUUACGUCAUUUCUUUUAAAUCCUCAUACACAGCUCCAUAUUGAGCUGAUACGAACUUCCAAAUUUUCUGAUUCCAAUUGUCUAUAUUCUCGAUCAACCAAAAUAUUCGUUCGCUGGUCGACAUGCUCGGAUGGUUGCACUCAUUUAUUAAAUCCAGAAAAGGCUAUUGAUACCGGGGCCGUGACUCGAUCCACAGGAACAGUGAACUUCUCGACAGCUAAUGCAAAGCUAGGAUCGCAUCGGUGGUCAAGCAUCGAUUCUGUUCAAAUAUUGGAUCAUCUGAAACAGAAUUGGACAUUGACGGGCUCUAUUGUGGACUUAGCAAAAUCAAUAGCCGGGGUUAAAAAGGAUGAUGCCAAGUUGGAAAGAAUCAUUCUGGGAAUCUUCAUCUUCGAGUUGAACGAAGAGAACAACCAAAUUGUUGUUCAUACCAUUGAAAAUUUGAACAUUAUUGAAAGGAGUGUCGAGGAAGACGUCGAGAACAAACUUCGAGUUUGUUAA